ACUGGUGGAAAAUGUCAAAGAAACAAUUAAACAAAUAUCAGAAAUUCCGUAAUCUCGGAAAUUGGUGGCUUAUUAAUUUAAUUCAAAAAUUAUUUCAGAAAAGUAAAGUGAAUUAUUUCGCACAUAAUAUUUAAAAAAAAUUAGUUUUUUGUCGCACUGGUACUAUUUGCAGAAUAUCAUAACUAAUUUAUGUCAUCAUUCUUUAUAUCGUACUUGAUAUUCAGAAUAUUUAAAUCUACAAUUACAACAGCUGAUUUUUGAGAGAAAAGCCAAAGGACAAAUAUCAACUGGGACGAAUGGAGCCUGGGGUGAUCAAGAAGUUGGAUGAAGUUGUUGUAAACCGAAUCGCUGCAGGAGAAAUUAUACAAAAGCCAGCAAAUGCGCUUAAAGAACUCAUCGAGAAUAGCUUGGAUGCAAAUGCGACACAUAUUCAAGUAACUGUGAAAUCUGGCGGUCUUAAACUAUUACAGAUACAAGACAAUGGUACCGGUAUACGACGUGAGGAUCUUGCGAUAGUUUGUGAACGUUUUACAACAUCAAAAUUGAUAAAAUUUGAAGAUUUGAGCAAUAUUGGAACUUUUGGUUUUCGUGGCGAGGCUCUGGCUAGUAUAAGCCAUGUAGCUCAUUUGAAUAUACAAACUAAAACAGCAAAAGAAUCGUGCGGCUACAAGGCUUCAUAUGAAGAUGGAAUGAUGAAAGGUCCCCCAAAAGCUUGUGCAGGGAAUCAGGGAACUAUUAUUACGGUCGAAGAUCUGUUUUACAAUAUGCCACAAAGGAGGCAGUGUUUGAAAUCGCCAACUGAAGAAAUGCAAAAAAUUUGUGAUGUUGUCUCCAAAUAUGCUGUACAUAAUUCAAGCGUUGCUUUCACACUCAAGAAAUUUGGUGAAGCUCCAAUAUUGCGCACGAUGGGACGUAGUACACGCGAGUGUAAUAUCGCUAAUAUUUAUGGAACGCAAAUUGGUCGUGCUUUAUUGCCUAUUGAAUUGCAAGACGAUGUCCAUAAAUUCAAAUUCACAGCGUUGGUCACCAAAGUGGACUACUCAGAGAAACGUGGAAUAAUGUUACUGUUCAUAAAUCAUCGUCUCGUAGAAUCAAUUGCUUUAAAGGCAGCCAUUGACAAUGUCUACAGUACAUAUCUUCCGAAAGGCAUGCAUCCAUUUACUUAUAUAAGUCUCGAAAUAACACCAACACAUUUAGAUGUUAAUGUUCAUCCAACAAAACAUGAGGUUCAUUUUCUAUAUGAGGAUGAAAUUAUUGAUAAAAUUAAGCGUCGAAUAGAACUGAAACUUUUAGGCAGCAACACGUCACGUACAUUUUACAAACAAUUGCGAUUGCCAGGUGUAACAGAUCCGGAUAUGGAGGAUAGUGAAAAUGUUACCAUUCUUAAAAAUGUCGAUAAAGAACGUAUGGACAAAGAUCGUGUUCGAACCGAUUCUAAGGAACAAAAAAUGGACAAGUUUAUUUUACAAAAACCCAAUGAAAAAGAAAGUGAUUUCAAUACAACUUCUUUCGAUCGUAUUGAAGAUGAGAGCUUUAAAGUAAAUACAACACGCAAGUCCGGAGUGCUGCUUACAAGCAUAAAACAGAUGCAAGGAAAUGUAGAACGCCGACUCAAUGUCGUACUACGAAAAAUAUUGAAGGAUCUUGUUUUUGUUGGAACAGUGGACCAAACAUAUGCUUUAUUUCAACAUGAAACCAAAUUAUAUCUGUGCAACACUUCUAAAUUUUGUGAAGAACUUUUUUAUCAGCGCCUGAUAUUUGAAUUUCAAAAUCUUCCUCAUAUUAAAUUAGAGAACCCACUAGCUAUUAAAGAGCUCGUACGAAUAGCAUUGGAGUGCGAAGAAGCUGGAUGGUCCCCUGAGGAUGGUGACAAAAUGGAGCUUGCUGAAAGUGCAUCAAAAAUUCUUAUUGAAAAGGCUCCUAUAAUGCGUGAAUACUUCUCUUUAAGGAUAAAUGAGGAAGGUCAACUGGAGACAUUACCUGCCAUUCUACCUCAACACUAUCCUAGCAGCACUAAUUUACCGAUGUAUAUAUUGCGUCUGGCUACUGAAGUAGAUUGGGAAUCAGAAGUUGAAUGCUUUGAGAGUUUUUGUCGUGAAACGGCUCAAUUUUAUGCAUUAACAAGCGCGUUAGAAAUGGAAUCGCUGCCACAACGGCAUAAAUGGCUUGUAGAGCAUGUCUUAUAUCCAUCUUUUAAACGUUAUUUGCUCCCACCAAAUAAUCUGAAACAGCAAUUGUAUGAACUAACUAGUUUGUCACAAUUAUAUAAAGUAUUUGAACGAUGUUAG